AUGAGUACGCUCCUCAUCUCCGCCUGGCUGUGCCAUUACCUCCACCAGCUAACCCAACACAGCGGCCUGACAGACUAUUCCACCACCGCGCAGGACCUCUACCGGACCUUCCGGGAGCUGGUGUACGACCGCCGGGGCUACCUGCACCUCGAAGAACUGGCUCGCAACGCUUUCGAGGAUUCAUCAGCCUACACCCUGCACAUCGAGCACCUGCGCCUGGCCGCCCUCCAGCUCCUUGACCUGGGUGAAAAGCUGGCCGCACUGGAUGCCCCCGGCGCCUCCGCCGCCACCCAGCACCUCACCACCCCAUCCCACCCCUUACCCACCGCCGACAUCCUCAACACCAUUCAGACCUCGCAGAAUGCCGAGACACGGCGCUGGCACCUCCGCGACCAGAUCCGGCGGACGUUCGACACCGCGCGGUGGUGGCUGCACGACCUCGGGGCGGUCAUCACCGACGAGCUCGAGGACGACAAAGUCCACCUGCCGCUGUGGCAGCAGAUCGCGGACAAGCGGUUCGACGCCGAGGCGUACGGGCAGUUGGAGGGGCAGUUGGAGGCGUGGUUUGCGAGUCGGCGGCAGCAUAGCCCUCCCGGCGACGACUUCAAACUCACCCCCCUUCACCGCCGCCUCAUCCGCCUCAAUCUCAAACGAAGACACUACCUCCUCGCGCUGCAACAGCACUCCUCAGACGUGUACACCCUCGACCAGUUCCACGCCUUCAAGGAACGAGGCGUCAACUUCCCCGCGCCGCCGAACGCGGACGCGGUGAUUCACGGGUCCUGGACGGAGCCGCCGCCCUCUACCACCAUCACCACGUCUCCCCAAGACCCUGAAACAGAAACCUUCCAAUGCCCCUACUGCCUCACCCCCCUCCCCACCUCCUUACUCGAAGACAGAUCCUCCUGGCGCAGCCACCUCACCUCCGACCUCCGCCACCUCACUUGUCUAGCCUCGGGCUGCGAAUCCCACGAGGCCGAGGGGUUUGUCACGGUGCAAGGCUGGGUAGAACACCUCGAAACGGGGCGGAAUAUCGGUCAGGAGUAUGAUUCCUUUUUUGGGGGAGAACCCUCCACACCAAUGAGGACUGGUGGUGGUGGUGCUGCUGCUGCUGCUGCUGCUGCUGCUGCAGCGCAGACCCGGAAAGUGGGUUCGGGGGAAGUUCCGCAUACCGGCGUGCCGGAUGAAUGUCCCAUCUGUAAAUGGCGACCUGCCGAUGGCGCUGAUGAUGACGCUGCGGAGGCCGGGGCAAUGCUCGCCCAUCUGGAACUGGAAUUGAGGUUCUUCGCGCUGUUGGCGAUUCCCUGGGCAGCGGAAAAGCCGUAUGAGCUUUUUGCGGAGGGGGCGUGGGAGGAGUGGGUUGAGGGGCAGGGUGGGUCGGAGGAGGAAGUGCAGGGGUGGGUGAAGUUGGGUUUGUUGGAGGAUGUGGAGGACGGGCAGGAUGGGGAGGCUUUGGGAAGGCUUUUGGAGCGGGCGAUGGGGGUGGAUUAA